AUGAGCAGCCCUUCUCCCCACAAGCCCAGGCGCAGGGGCAAGAAGACGAGCAGCGGAAAUGGUGGUGGUAGCGCCAUUAACAACCCCAGCACAGAGAGCCAACUCUUCAAGAAGGAAGCUCUCGUCAAGGUGCCCGUCUUUCCUCUAGCAUCGUUCCUGUGGCCUGCUCGAGGUUCCGUGUCACAAUGGGAGGUUCUGCCCUUGAUUCUCAUGGUGGUCGGUCUGUUCAGAUGGGCAGCUGGACUAUGGGGAUACUCUGGCUUCCAGAAACCCCCCAUGUUCGGAGACUACGAGGCGCAAAGACACUGGAUGGAGCUUACGACACAGGUCCCCGUGUCGCAAUGGUAUUUCCACGACCUCCAGUGGUGGGGGCUCGACUAUCCGCCCUUGACGGCCUACCAUAGCUGGCUCUGUGGCAAGAUUGGGGCCCUCAUCGAUCCGACCUGGUUCGAGUUGUACACCUCGCGAGGAUCCGAUGAUCCGACCCUCAAGAUAUUCAUGCGCGCUACGGUUAUCAUCUCCGAAUACCUCAUCUACAUCCCCGCGGCCGUCAUCUUCGUUCGACGCUUCUCUAGAAAUAGCAACGUCCCGACAUGGACUGCUUGGAUGGCCCUCGUCGCAAUCCUGAUGCAGCCUGCCACAAUCCUUAUCGACCAUGUACACUUCCAAUACAACACUGUCAUGCUCGGCUUCGUACUGGCGAGCAUGUCGAGCAUGCUGGCUGGCCGCUACCUCUGGUCCGCAGUUUUCUUUGUCGCGGCCCUCGGCUUCAAGCAGAUGGCCCUUUACUACGCAUUCUCCGUCUUCUCUUUCCUCUUGGGCAGCUGCGUCUUUCCUUUGAGGCCCGGCCGCUUCAUCGCUAUCGCGCUAGCCACCAUUGCAGCCUUUGCCCUCCUGAUCCUGCCGCUUGUACUGGGCACCCUUUACGACGCUCGCCGGGGCAUCGACGCACGACCCGACUACGAGGGGCCGCCGCCGGUAUUGCCCCUGUUCCCGUGGCUGACUGACGUCCUCGACACCAAUGCCAUCUACUACCCGGUUGUCGAGCAGCUCGUACAGAUGGUCCACCGCAUAUUCCCCUUUGCGCGCGGCCUCUUCGAAGAUAAGGUCGCCAACUUCUGGUGCGCCCUGAAUGUUGUCAUCAAGCUACGCAAAUACCCUACCGAUCUUCUUCAGCGCGGUGCGCUCGUUGCUACACUUGCGUCCAUCAUCCCGCCCAACCUCAUUCUUUUCUUCCGACCGCGUAAGUCACUCUUGCCUCUGGCAUUUGCGACAACGGCAUGGGGCUUCUUCCUCUUCAGCUAUCAGGUCCACGAGAAGAGCGCCCUCCUUCCUCUCAUGCCCAUGACGCUACUUCUCGCCGGCAAACAGGGACUGUCGCGCGACGUCAGGGCUUGGGUUGGAUUUGCCAACAUUCUGGGCUCGUGGACGAUGUUUCCCCUCCUCAAGCGGGUUGAUCUCGGCGUUCCUUACGUCGUCCUGACAUUGCUCUGGGCCUAUCUUCUUGGCCUCCCGCCCACAUCACUGAGCGCAUACUUCCAGGAGGACCAGUAUCAGGUGCGCCAAUGGGCAACAUUCCUCCUUCACGGAGCAUUCUACGUCGCCAUGGCUGUCUGGCACGUGGCAGAGAGGGUUGUUGUCCCACCCGUAGGUAAGCCUGACCUCUGGGUUGUUGCAAAUGUUGGCAUCGGAGCAGUGGGUUUCGGUAUUUGCUACCUUUGGUGCUUGGUGCAGUUGGUCGCGCAGAGUGACAUUCUGCCGAAGACUGGCAGUGCGAAGAACAAGGCAAAGAGCCAAUGA